AUGCCGCUCCCCUCUCUCCCUCUUUUCUUGGCAGCACAACAGCAUGCACAGAAUGACCCCGGCAAAGUCGCUGUGAUUGAUGCCACAAAGCAACAGUCAUUUACGUUUACACAACUUCUCGAGGAUGUCGCGGCGCUUCGAAAACAGAUCUUAGAGCAGCUGGGGCUGACGGCCACCGGUGAUUUGGAAGAGCGUCGCAUUGCGUUCCUUAUCCCGAAUGGCUACGAUUAUGUUGUCACUCAAUGGGCUACUUGGGCUGCGGGUGGAGUUGCCGUUCCUCUUUGCACAAGCCACCCUGUCAAGGAGCUCCUAUAUACUAUAAGCGACUCGGACCCUUCGUUGAUCCUCAUCCACCCUGCCUUCGAGAAAUUUGGCCCAUCAUUGCGAGAAGUAUGCAGCACCGAUAUUCAAUUCAUGGGACUUGAUCCGUUCACCCGGAACGACUCGCCCUCCCUACCUUCGUUCGUCCCAGCAUUUCCGCUCAGCCGCCGCGCUCUUAUGAUCUAUACUUCUGGAACGACAGGGAACCCCAAGGGAGGCGUGAGCACGCACGAAAUCAUCGAGUUCCAGGCAAGCUGUCUUGUCAAAGCGUGGAAGUACAGUCCCUCCGAUCACCUCAUCCACGUGCUCCCGCUCCACCACAUCCAUGGCAUCAUCAAUGGAUUGACAGCAUGUCUUCUGAGUGGCGCCACUGUAGAAAUGCAUCCAAAGUUCGACCCGAAGGUUAUCUGGGAGCGCUGGCAGGACAGCGGCUCUUCUACCAUGUUCAUGGCUGUACCGACCAUCUACUCUCGUCUAAAUGAUUAUUUCGAUGCCAAUAUGCGUGGAACAGAUCGUGAAGAAGCGGCAAGGGAGGGUGCAAAGGCCUUGCGUCUAGUAAUCAGUGGAUCGGCUGCGCUGCCAACUCCCGUCAAGACCAAAUUCGCGGAAAUCACAGGCCAGAUUCUGCUGGAGCGUUUCGGAAUGACCGAGAUCGGAAUGGCAAUUAGCUGUGGACUGGAAUUGGACAAGCGAGUGGAUGGCAGUGUGGGCUGGCCACUUCCUGGAGUUCAAGUCCGACUGACUGAGAAAGAGACCGGACGCAUCGUCGAGGCCAUCGACCAAGAUGGUAUGAUCGAAAUUAAGGGUGGUAACGUCUUCCUCGAAUACUGGCGAAAGCCAGAGGCAACAGCAUCCGAGUUCACAGCAGAUGGCUGGUUCAAGACUGGUGAUGUUGCCAAACGGGAUUUUACCGGGGCGUACUUCAUUCAGGGUCGUGCAUCCGUUGACUUGAUCAAGUCCGGUGGAUAUAAGAUCUCCGCGCUGGAAGUAGAACGCAAGAUGCUUGUGCUUGACUCUAUCCAAGAAGUGGCCGUCGUUGGACUCAAGAAUGAGGAAUGGGGCCAGCAGGUGGCUGCAGUUGUGAAGUUCCGCGAAGGGGUUACCCCAUUGGAGCUCCCUGCACUCCGUGCUAUUUUGAAGACUGAGAUGGCACCCUAUAAGGUUCCCACAGUCUUGAAAGUUGUGGAUGGCAUUGAGCGCAAUGCUAUGGGCAAAGUCAACAAGAAGACAAUCAUUCAGAAAUAUUGGCCUGAUAAGGCUUGA